AUGAUUCCUAAUAUUCACUAUUACUCUUCUAUUUUGAUCUUUCAUUCGCUCACUCGAUCAGAGCGUCCUAAAUUGCGACAGAGCACUAUACAAGCGACAGCUGAAGUCAAAGGGAUUAGCGAGCGACGCAGACGACAGGCCGCUUCUGAUGGAUAUACUGGGGAAACUGGAAAGUCUGCAUCAUUGACAUCUGAGUUGACUGCAAUUAAACGACGUGCAAUUUUGGCAGAGAUUGCACAGCGCAAGAAUGUGCCUGAGGUACGCCGUCUUACGCAAGAGGAGCUUCUGGCCGAGGCCAAGAUCACAGAGGAGAUUAAUAGACGCUCCUUGGGAUAA